ACGCCGAUUGGCUGCUGUGCAAGUGGGCGGUGACUAGGCGGCUUGGAAGGAGGUGGCUUAGCUCCUCCGUGUCCCGAGAAGGGCUGAGCCAUGGAGGUCUCGGCCCUGCGAGAAGAGCUGGACUCGAUGUUCCUGCAGCUGCUCAGCGACCUGGAGGAGCUAGAGGCGAAACGGGCGGCGCUGAACGCCCGGGUGGAGGAGGGUUGGCUCUCGCUUGCCAAGGCUCGCUAUGCCAUGGGCGCCAAGUCGGUAGGGCCCCUGCAGUAUGCCUCGCGUAUGGAGCCUCAGGUCUGCGUGCGCGCCAGCGAGGCCCAGGAUGGACCCCAGACCUUCAGGGUGAUCAAAGCUGACUCCCAGACCCCUGAGGAAUUGGGGCCCAGCGAAGCAUCUCUGCGUAGGCGCAAGGGCCCUACUAAGACCCAAGAGUCAGGGGCCUGUGUGGUCCCUCAAGAUCCCUUGAACUGGUUUGGGAUCUUGGUUCCUCACAGUCUUCGGCAAGCCCAGGCCAGCUUCCGGGAUGGCCUUCAGCUGGCUGCAGAUAUAGCCAGCCUUCAGACCCGAAUCACCUGGGGUCGGGAGCAGCUCCGGGGCCUCCAGAAAAGACUGAAGGAGUUGGAUCCUGGGCCUGCCUGACCUGAGUCUACUUCCGGAGGCACUGAGCAUAGUCUUCUUGGAUGCCCUGCCUUACUCUUUCUUUCAUAAUAGCCCCUGCCUCAGCUAUGCCCCUCUUCAAAAUGUCCUUAGUCUGCGUCGUUUCCAGCCCUGUGAAUUAGGAAGUUGAGUUCUGAAGUUUGCUGAGGCAAGCUGAGCAGUGUCGAAAGUGGCUUGUAGGAAACCACUUCCAGGUCCACGUUCUCAUAGAGCCUCUCGCCCCGUGGACAAGUUAGGGAACAAGCGAAUAACCUCGCACGGGCCAAGUGGGAUAAGGGAACACUGCAUGCAUGGUGAUGGGAGAAAAGGAGUCUGGGAACUUAGGCCAGAUCGGGACAAUGCCAUUCAAUAGAAAUACCUCUGGCUGGGCUUGUUAGUGCAUGCCGACUACUAGUCCCAGCAACUCUAGAGGCUGAGGCAGGAGGAUCACUUACGCCCUGCAGUUAGAGACUAGCCUGGGCAACAGACCUUUUCUUUAAAAUAGUAUAAGACAGUGCGCACACACACACACACACACACCACACACACCAGAGUAGACUGUCAGGGAGGAGGGAGUAUUCUAUUAUGAAAGGAAAAGAACCAAAAAACUUUGACAUUCUUUCAGGGGAAUUGAAGGGACCUUCCCACUUGUGUUUAUAUAGGAUUGAAGUCCAGCCUCUUUGCUUGCUGAACUUGUAUUCCUCCGUCUGAAACUGUACCCCGCUGCACUUUUCUACUGAGCUAACUUGAACAGUGUCUGGAGACUUGAUGUUGGGGAGGGAGGUUCACUGUUUAUGGGGUGUAAAUAUUUCUUCCCAAUUUGUCGAUUUUGCUUAUAUUGUUUUUCUACUUCUUAAUUGUAAAAAUAUGUAAAACUACAGAAAACUUGAAUAAAGAAAGUG